UACGUAACAGCAGCUAAUGUGCCUAGACUGCAGUUUGACGUCUGCCGCCGGUUGAGAGUGUGUGUGUUUACAGGCGGUUGUCAGUGAGUAGGAUUGUCAUAUUCAAACUGUCUCUUCUUCUUGCAGGAAUACCAAACUACUAUUGAACUGACAAGACCUGGUAUGGCAAACAUGUGUUCCAAUCGCUUCCAAGUUUUGUGUCAUGAACAAGUUAUUCGACUUCACGAGGUUAUGGAAGAUGUGGUUCCUAUUCACGGUCGCGGAAAUUUCCCUACUCUGGAAUUGAAAUUGAAAGAUUUGGUUGUAAUUGUCCGUGAUAAAUUGAAAAGUGAAGGGGUCAUAAUACGUGACAUACGUUUGAAUGGUGGUGCUGCCAGUUACAUCCUUGGAACGGACGAGAUUCAAUCGUACAACGACUUGGAUCUGAUUUUCGGAGUGGACCUGUCAAACCACAACGAGUUGCAGAAAAUCAAGAACUGUGUGCUUGGCUGCCUGCUGGAUUUCCUCCCAGAUGGUGUAAGUAAAGAAAAAAUGAGUAGCUGCAGCUUAAAGGAAGCCUAUGUGCAGAAGAUGGUGAAAGUGUGUAAUGAACACGGGGACCGGUGGAGUUUAAUUUCGCUGUCAAACAACAAGGGGAAAAACGUGGAACUCAAAUUCGUGGAUAAGAUGAAACGUCAGUUCGAGUUCAGCGUUGAUUCUUUUCAGAUCAUUUUGGAGAGCUUGUUGACCUUCUAUGAUGUCUCUGCGACACCAAUGAGUGAGCACUUCUACCCAACUGUUGUGGCAGAAAGUCUGUAUGGAGAUUUCUGUGAGGCAUGGUUUCACUUGACAAAGAAACAAAUAGCUACACGAAACCCAGAGGAAAUUCGUGGUGGUGGUUUGUUGAAAUACUGCAAUUUGUUAGUGCGGGGAUUCAACCCUGCUGAGGAUGUGGAUAUAAGGACCAUGGAAAGGUACAUGUGCUCAAGAUUCUUCAUUGAUUUCAGUGGUAUUAACCAGCAGAGACAAAAGCUUGAAGCUUACCUUACAAAUCAUUUCAGUGAGGAUGAAGAGUACAAGUAUGAAUAUCUGAUGACAUUGUAUCGUGUGGUGGAUGAGAGUACCAUCUGUCUUAUGGGUCAUGAAAGGAGACAGACACUCAAUCUGAUCCAUCAACUUGCCUGUCAAGUUUACGUGGAACAAGAACAGAAAAGUUCACAGAAAUGUAUUGAACUCCAACAGUUGGACCAGCUGAACAAUCUUGUGAUCGAUCAGGUGUUCUAUGGCCCAUUCAGUGCACCUACCACAACUCCAGGCAGCCAGUAUUACAACUACACCUAUUCCCCUUCAUCUGCCUACCAGAUUGGGACCAAUACAUGUCCCUACUGUCCCCCUUAUUUGCAGUGUUCAUAGUCAGAACACAUCAUGAUCUCGGCUUCAAAUGUUUAGAUGUUGUGUCAAAAUGGUGAGUGCAAUAACAGUUAAUUGUUGAAAUUUAUAGUUCACAAGUUAUAAUUUGUUAGCUGUUCAGUGUAUCAAGAAGUACUUAUUCAAAUUAAGUGUGUGAACCCAGGAAAGGACUUUGGUGCAAAGGUUUGGACUAACAAUGCUACACAAGUUGAUAACUAGUAGGAGUCUUGACCCACUUAAAAUGCUCCAGUUCAGUGUAAUCAUCAUAUUCUUGUUGGGGAUAAUAUUAUGAAAAAUGUAUAGUGAUGUUAUUUGUGAUAAGUCAUCUUAUGCACCAUAGUAUUCUUCAUUAUUGUAGCAGGGAGUUAGAUGUCUCUUUGAACCCAGUAAUAGGGUAAUUAUCAUUUGUUAAGAGUGAGCAUAUUGGAAAGAACUAUCGUCAAAUAACUUUACAUGCAUAAGUUAUGUUAAGAAUCUGUUACAAUUUAUUAUGUGUCAAAAAUAUUUCCAGUUAUAUAAUAAGAUUAUUUUAUAUAUAGAUAUUAGAUGAGGUUAUGGCUUCCAGUGUUCAAAUAAAAUAUGAAAGUCGGGAGUCCUUGUCAAAACCUUAGUGUUAAAAGUUUUAAAAAAUUAAGAGGUCCAUAGGUUCAAAUACCAUUGAAGAAGACACCAAGGGCCCCAGGACCUUUUACGUUUUGAAUGCUAGCUACAACAAAUGACUAGAGGACAAAUUGAAAGACAAGAUUAGUUUAUAUCUGUAUUUGACGGACCAGCAUUGAUAAGAUUAACUUUCUAUGGGUCUUUACUGUGUGCUGAAGAUGAAUCAUGAGCUGAUAAGUGUCUUAUAUUGAAUAUAUGGCAGACACUGUUAAAUAGUUUCUAAAGUAAACGAUAAGGUAAAAGUUAGGUCAACAGCUAUCACAUUACUCCAGAUUGCAAACAGGUCAUGCAACCUACAUCUGCCGAGUACAUACAUAUUUAGGUACGCAUACUCUCUCAGCAUGCAUGCAGGCAUAUGUCAGGAGUUCAGUGCAUUGUGUUAUCUUCCUCCUGUCAUUCAUUAUCCUAGCCAGCUUAUUCUCUUGAGUUAUGUUAGUAUAUGUCUCGCAGAUGUGCAGUGCUGGAACCCAGUUUGGUUAUGAUAAACUUAAGCGCCUUUAAUCCGGUCUCAUGUUAUUCACGUUCAUCCAGAGCCUUUAUAUUAUUAUUUAUACAUGAGUGACAUCAGUAUGUUCCUGUGAAAAUUUGAUUAAUAUAGAUGUAUUGAAAUUAGGUUAAGUACCAUUUAUGUUGUUUUCCAUCACAGUUUCAAAUUUGAUUAAGUGGAGAAAUGAAUUUUUUUCAGUUAAUUAAAAGAAACUUUCCCCUUGUGCAAUAGUUUUGACGAACAGUCUCUGAAAUGUUUUAAGAAUCUUUCGUAACUCAUAAGAUAGCUUUUAACAAGGGGUAGAUUCCAACCAAGUUGUUUAUCCUAUAUUGGCACAUAUUGAAGGUUCUGGACUUGUUUAAUAAUAUUAAUUGGUCCUUUUAGAUUGUUGGAGUAUGUCAAAGACUUAUGGGGCCCAAAAUUUUGAGUUUUCUUUUUAAAUAUUGACGUGAAUAACGAUAAGAUUGUACAGUAAAGAAACACGUCUAUUCUUCAGUAUAGGAGACAUGUAACCUAUUAUGUGCUUGUGCUCACAUAACUGUGUACCACAAACAAGCUGUGAGUCUUCUAUGCCUCCUCGCUUGUAGGUCCUUGUGUAGAGUAUGUACACAGUUGGGAAAUUGAUCCUGUUAAUGGUUGACCUACAUUUGCAUAUAACAUGAGAUAUGUCUCUCACAUGUGUUAGGGCAAAAGUGGACCAAGGACUGAACUGCUAAUGCUUAAAAUUGGUUUUGAAAACUAUUGCAAAUUAAUAGACGUAUCAGUAAGGGAGCUUGCUAUUUAGUGUUAUAAAUAUGGUUCAGUCCUUUGAACGUAUCUUCAGGUUACAAACUUGUCUGAAAAGUUUUAAUUGAAAAAGAACCCAUAAAUUCUGUAUUUUUGAGAAGAUUAAGAUUAAAAUAACGUCAAACCCAUUGGUGUUCAUGCAUAUUGCAAGGGUUAAAUGUGAAUGACUAAUGUUAAUGUGAGAAGUUUUUAUUUACUUACCAGUCUGUGGGAAAGAUCUUAUUGUAUUAUCAGUAUGGUUGUUGAAAGGAAUUAUUUUGCACCUACUUUUCUGAAACCCCUUUAUGGUAAAAUUUCUUUCAAUCUAGUGAGCUUUACAACUUAUGGCCUGUAAUAGAAUCUAUGACAAUUAUACCAGUUCAACAUGUUCAGACAACUAGACAGUAUUGGUUCAGUAGUGGUAUCAGUACUAUUAUUGUGAUUUGCACUUUAAUGUAACUUUAAAGAGUAACAUCUCCAAGUCAUAAUGAAUUACUCCCUGCAAAUUAUGCGAGCUACAUUUGUUCUGGGUUAGACAACACUUUUCUGUUAAUCCUGUUCGGUUUCUGCCCCUUUCCUUGUCAUUGCUAGGCAUACUUAUCAUAGUUUUCAAGUUUCAUGGUUCUGCUAAUAUACAAAGACCAUGACAAUGACAUGAAAUGUGAUGCACAGCAUGAACAGAUCUGAAUGUUGCCUCAUCCAUGGCUUAAUGUUUCCACCAUUAUUAUGAAAUUGUCAUGACUGUACUUCGCACAAGUCUUUUAGAGACGAGACAAGACAACUACCCUUGCAAUGAGAUAAUAGAUGAUCAGUUGUUAGGAUGUUGCUAAUUUCAAGUGAACAUGUGUUUACCUUGCAUGUAAGUUGAUCUGUAUAAUGGUAAAGGAAUUAGCAAACAGGCUGAUAAGUACACGUUUGAAAAAGUGUGUGAGGACAUUUUGACGAAGGCCACAUUCAGUCAAAAUUUUCUGGUCUCACACCUGGUUGAUGAAUUAAUGAAAAUGUGAUUGGAAUUUUUGUGUGUUUCAAUACCAUGAUUACCCAUUGUGUUUUUGUUAUUCAGUAUAUGGGGAAUGAAAUUAUUUGAGAUGAACAUGACAGAAUGCCAAAUCACCUUCUUGGUUAUUUGACCUUUUUGGAUAAGUAACUCUUUAUUUUGAUUUUUCCAAAACAUGAAGUUGUAGGUAAGCUUUCAUUUUAUGCCCAAAUUUGUUAAACCUUCUGACAAUAUUAACAGCUUCUAUUGCUGUGUAAUUAUUCUGAGUUAUUGUUUAAAGUUUGUUCUAGUUCUGAGAAUCAGUUGACAUUCUGGUUUUGCUUCUACCGUCACCAUGUGACAGAUCAAUUGUAUAGAUACUAGAAACGCAUGAAAAGUAAUCAUUAUGGUCAUUUCAUUACUUGAAGGGGACCCAGUUUAUUCUUUUGAAUUAUUCAUUUGUCAUUUCAUUAAUGUUGCAAAUGAAAUAUAUUUUUGUGAUCAAAAGAGCUUAUGCCAAAGUAUUUUGUCUUGGCAGUGAAAGUAAAAUGCAGCGGCUAUAACUGGUGCAGGCGUGCACCUACAACAUGAACUGUCAGUUGUCUGCAGUGAUAAGCAAGGUGCAGUUUCAUUGUUUAUUCUAUUGUGUCAUACCUACAGUUGAAAUAUAUUACUCUGUAUAUUUCAAAGAAAUUCCAGAAUAAAAUAUUUUGAUCCAA